AUGAAUAAACACCCAAAUUUAGUUUCAUCGUAUAGACCCAUAUCUUUGGCUUCCUGCAUUGCAAAAGUCAAAGAUAGAAUGAUCAAGAGAAGAUUAGAAUGGUGGGUAGAAAAGUAUGACAUACUUCCCAAAUCCCAAUGCGGAUUUAGAAAGGGCAUGGGAACAUAUGACAACCUAACGAUCUUUAUAUCAGAUCUAUAUCUAUCAAUGGCAAAAAACAACUAUGUCGUUGCUCUAUUUAGCGAUAUUAAAGGUGCGUACGAUAACGUCCUACCAGAGGUGCUGGAAGAUACUCUGGCUAACACUGGACUACCAGGAAAAUUCAUAAACUCAAUUACGACCAACAUCCGAGAAAGAAAGAUAUUUUUCCGAAUAAAUGGGAAACUGAUAAGGCCGAGAAAAAUCUACAAAGGCCUACCACAGGGAGAAAUUCUUAGCCCCAUCUUAUACUCAAUUUAUGUAAGAGACAUAGAAAAAAUAUGGGAAACAGGUACCAAAAUAUUACAAUUUGCAGAUGACGUCGUGAUAUAUAUAGAAAAAUCAAGCCUCCAGGAAGCCUAUGAGGUGAUGAGCCGUAACAUAGAUCUCUUCCACGAAUGGCUCGCAAAGAAAGGACUUGAAUUGUCGGACGAAAAAAGCUCAAUCGGAAUCUUUACAAGACGCAGGAAGCUAGAAGAAAGAACAGCACUAACGACUAAAUACCAUACAAUCAAAAUACAAGAAAAUAAUAAAUUCUUGGACGUCACAUUCGACAAAAAACUAUCUUUCAAAGCACAUAUAAAUCAAGUAAUCACAAAAAUUGAGCCAAAAAUCAACAUUUUACGUAUGGUAAAUAGGACAUGGUGGGGAGCUCACCCUACCACAGCCCUGAUUUUGUAUAAAACAAUAAUUAGACCAUCAUGGGAGUAUGAAAGUCUAGCUUUCAGUAACUCUUCUCACUGCAGAAAGCUAGAAAAAAUUCAAUAUAAAUGUUUGAGACUGUGCAUAGGGGCAAUGAUCUCCACACCUACAAACGCCUUGUUGGUGGAAUGUGGGGAAAUGCCUUUACAUUCAAGAUUCCAAUAUUUAAGUGAUAAAUUUGUACUUAAAAAAUACCAAGUACAAAAUAAUAGAACAAUCGAAAAUAUCAAGAAUGUAGCCAUAGAUACAUUAACAAGUGACUGUUGGAGAAAUCGUCCAAAACCAAGCUUGGUAUAUAGCUAUAUAAAAGUAAUUGAAACAAGAGGAGACACAAAUAAAUACAAUAAACACCCGUAUUAUAACUUUUUCACAUUAGACAACAGUUAUACGAUAGAAAAAAUAUUCAAUACGAAUACAAUCAACAUAGAGGAUUAUAAAGUUAUAUUUACAGACGGGUCAAAAAUUAAUAACAAAACUGGCUGCGCUUUAUUUUAUGAAAACGAUAAUAUCAAAAUAGGAUAUAAACUACCAGACUUCGUUUCAAUCUGGUCAGCCGAGCUAAUAGCUAUAAAAAAAGCAAUUGAAUAUAUAGAAAGCCACAAAAUCACUAAAGUGGUCAUCGUUACCGAUAGCAAAAGCUGCAUAGAUAAACUGAAAAAUCUAUUCCUUACUAAUCGACUAAGCGAGACAUUAGUAUAUGAAGUAUGGAAUAGACUUAUACAGCUAUUGGAGAACGGGUAUACAGUCAAAUUAUUAUGGACUAGAUCGCACUCCGGUUCUAGUGGAAACGAUGAAGCGGACUCAAUAGCAAAAUGGGCAACAGAAUACGGAACUAUGAUCAACCUAGCCACUAGGAAAGACUAUAUAAAUAAUUCAAAAAAAAAAAUACUGGACAAAUGGCAAGAGCAAUGGAACAGAUCGUCGGAAACAAAGGGACGAUACUACAAGGCAGUCAACCCCAAAUUGAAAAUGAAACCGUGGUUCCGAAAAUAUGCAGAUGAAAACAGAGGUACCAUCGUAACAAUAACAAGACUAAGGCUUAAUCAUGGCAACUUCCCUGCACACCUGAAGAGGCUGGGAAUAAUAGAGUCAGAAUCAUGUCCUUGUGGAGCAUCAAGCGGAACAUCUGAACACAUCAUACUAGAAUGUAGUAUAUUUGAGGCAAGCAGGGCUAAAUUGUUAGAGGAACUACACUCUAUAAAAACACUGAUUAAACCCUUUAAUUUGACAUCAUUAUUGCAAAAUCUGAACUGUUAUCCUAACAUAAUUAGUAUAUCAAACUCACAAUUUGAAGAAUUAGUUGUUAAUUUGGAAAGAACAGGAAUGAAGCACAAGCAGCGAAAAACUCCAGCAAUUGAUUGGAAUUGCUGGAUUGCAAUUGAUUGGAAUUGGAAAGGAAUCAUUUAUUACGAGUUGCUUCCAUAUGGCCAAACAUUAAAUUCAGACAUCUAUUGUCAACAACUGGACCGUCUGAAGCGAGCAAUUGACCAGAAUCGGCCAGAAUUGGCCAACAGAAGAGGUGUUGUGUGCUAUCAGGACAACGCCAGGCCACACACUUCUAUAGUGACUCGUCAGAAACUCCAGGAGCUUGGUUGGGAAGUUUUGAUGCAUCCACCAUACAGUCCGGACCUCGCACCAAGCGAUUACCAUCUUUUUCUUGCAUUGCAAAACUUUUUUAGUGAUAAGAAAUUGGCAUCAAGGGAAGAGUGUGAAAAUCAAUUGCUGGAGUUUUUCGCUAAUAAGGACCAAUACUUUUGUGAGAGAGGCAUAAUAAAACUACCAUUAAAAUGGCAACAAUUUAUAGAACAAAAUGGUGCAUAUUUGACCUAA